CAUGUCUGAGAUUGUAUUAACUUGAAUGUAAAUAGCACUAGUAUGAAUAAUUAGGCGUGCUUUCCGGCUUGACUGUAUACAGUUUGUGACUCGCUUUGCGGCAUUAGAAAACCUUAACAGAAUGAAUUUAGAAAUUCCCCCUGACGCUUUAGCGAUAAAUCAAGCUCAAAAUGCUGGUAAAACACCCGAUGAAAGUAAUAUUCUCAAAGCGAAAAACUUCAAAUUACCUGGAUUGACUAGAUAUCGCGAGGGAGUAAUGAAGGAAGCGUUCUUUUUUGUACAAGUUGUGGGCCCGAAAUUUGGCAGCUCUGCAUACCCGGAAGAAGACUGCAAAGCCGAGAAAAGGCGGAUGGAAGAAAUCGUCAAUUGUGUCAAUAAAAUGGAGCCGGACCCUCGCUUCUUGGUCGUUUGUGGUGAUUUUACUCAUUGUAAACCCGACGACAAGGAAUAUUUUCAACAAGUGGAAAAUUUUAAAGGAGCGUUUGACAAUUUGAAGUCAGGAAUCCCCGUGAUAUGUGUAUGUGGGAGGAAUGAAUUCGACAAAGAGCCCAGUCCACAAUCCAUCGAAUCGUAUCGACUAAAUUUUGGCGAGGACUGGUUUGCUUUUUGGAUUGAAGGAGUUCAAUUCGUAGUUUUAAAUUCACUUUACUAUGGCGAUUUAAAGGCGUCUGAAGACUUUGUAAGCGAACAGAACGAGUGGCUAGAGUCUGUGCUACUCGAAGCUCAAGUCAAUCCACCGCAAUUUAUUAUUGUUAUUCAAGAUACACCGUGGUUUGUGAGCGACUCUAGCGAGCCCGACAGCAAUAACAAUGUCGACUUAGCGACACGCCAAAUAAUGGUGCCAAAGAUGAGAGAAGCGAACGUCAAAGCGAUUUUAUCGGGAGAUCAAAAUGGAAGCUCAAGUGACGGUGGAAUUGAAGCCAUUCAAACAUCCUGCCUAAAUGGAAGCGAUGGACAUGGAUUUCGCGUUUUUAAAGUCAAAAGUGACUCGAUUCAACAUAACUUUUUCACUCUUGGCAACUCCCCGAAAGAUUUGAAUAAUGAAUUUUGAUGACAUUCAAUUCUAAAAUUUUAGUCAGAAAAAAAAGAUUAAUAUCAAUCGGGCACUUAGAGAAAAUGAAAUGAAAAGUAACGAUGUCUAUACUUAACUAUUUUUGUUUUGGAAAAAGACUAAUAUAGAAUACAAAACUCGAUAUAUAAAUUAUCAAGCUAAGAAUCGGCAGUCUGAAAUGGAUGAAAUUACGAAUUACAUGCAAAUAAAGACAUGGCAUAUCUAAAAAGAAAAUAAAAAAAUGAACUUUUUUA